GCCGAGCGGGGUGAAUCUCACACCGGGGGACCAGUCGUUUCACAGGCAGGGAGAAGAUGCCAUUCCAUCAUGUGCGGGCGGGCCUGCUCUAUCCAGACAACUACCUGAGCAGCUCCCUGACGGAGGGCAGUGAAGCCUUCCAGCUCACCAGCAUCUCCACAGAGGAGCUGGGAGAGAUCCGUGAGGCGUUUCGUGUUUUGGAUCGGGAUGGGAAUGGUUUCAUCUCCAAACAGGAGCUGGGAAUGGCCAUGCGCUCGCUGGGUUACAUGCCCAGCGAAGUGGAGCUGGCCAUCAUCAUGCAGAGACUGGACAUGGAUGGGGAUGGCCAGGUGGACUUUGAGGAGUUCAUGACGAUACUGGGGCCCAAACUGCUGUCGUCCGACAACAGAGAAGGCUUCCUGGGCAACACCAUCGACAACAUCUUCUGGCAGUUUGACAUGCAGCAGCUGUCUCUGGAUGAGCUGAAGCAGGUGCUGUUCCACGCCUUCCGGGACCACCUGACAAUGAAGGACAUAGAGAACAUCAUCAUCACUGAAGAGGAGAGCCUCAAUGAAACCUCAGGGAACUGCCCUGAGUAUGAGGGAGUCCAUCCCAAGAAGAAGAAUCGGCAGACAUGUGUCAGGAAAAGCCUGAUCUGCGCUUUCGCUAUGGCUUUCAUCAUCAGUGUCAUGCUUAUCGCAGCCAAUCAGAUGCUGCGGAACGGCAUGGAGUAACCAAUUGCACUGUGAGCAUGGGGAGUGGACAGAACAGCCAUGACCUCACACCUUGUCUUUGCAGCCAAAGCUGGACCAGCCACAACCCAAGCACUUCUCUGAACAAUCAAUUGUGUUUUUUUAUUUCCGUUUAAUUUGAACUUACCUUAUAGAUGCAGACAAUAUGAGUGAAGAGAAAUCUGUUUGUUUUGCA